CAUCACAGGAGGAUAAAAGUCAGAGAAGGCCAGUGUCAGUUGGAAGAGUAAAGAGAAAAGUAUUGCACCUUUGUACAAUGGCUAAGUGUUCUAGUGUUCUAGAAGCUUCUUUGGCAGAUGUUCUAUCUCUGUUAUGUGUCAAUUGGGACAGUCAAGAGGACCGUUUUGCACCAUUUGCUUUUUAUGUCUUCAACUUCUGCUGUAGCGCCCAAAUCUUAACAUGGCCUUGCACUUGCAACUACACCCUGGAAGCCUCCUGACCUCAGGGUCUUGGACCUACAGGGUCCAGUUCAUUGUGGGACAAGGAGCCUUUGGUACUGUGGCAAAAUGUACGAGGACAGCUGACAUGAAGACGGUGGCGAUCAAAAUUAUGAAGACUGAAGGAAUUUACAUGAAGCAGGCGAAGGAAGAAGUAGCAGCCCUAAAGAGGGUCGUAUUGCUGGACCCUGAGCGAAGCAACAUCGUUCGUUGGUAUGAGGAGUUCAUCGACAGGGGCCACUUCUGUCUGGUUUUCGAGCACCUGGACAGAAGUCUGUUGGACUACAUGAAGGAACGAUAUUUCCAGCCCAUGCCUCUGAAGUACAUCAGACUGAUUGUCCAGCAGUUGGCCAGCACACUUGACCAUUUUAAGGCUGCCAAAAUAAUACACGCAGAUCUAAAGUUGGAGAACGUGAUGUUGGUGAACCACCAACAGGAGCCUUUUAGAGUCAAAGUUAUUGACUUUGGACUGUCCAAUUUGGUGUCUGGUGUUGUGGUGGGCUCCUACAUCCAGACUCGUCCUUACCGCUCCCCGGAGGUCAUUUUGGGACUCCCUCUGACGGAGGCCAUAGAUAUGUGGUCUCUGGGAUGCAUUGCUGCUUUCCUGUAUCUCGGGAACAUGCUGUUCUUUGGAAUGAGCGAGUAUGACAUGAUCCGGGACAUUAUGGGAAUUCAAGGGAAGCCACCUGACAGCAUGCUCUCUGCUGGCUGCAAAACCACACAUUUCUUUCAAAGAGACUCCACCACGUGUGCUUGGAAACUCAAAACACCGAUGCGGUAUCGUAAAGAAACGGGGAUGAUGGCCACUAUGAUGAGGUGGUCAAACCUGACCUCACUUGAUGACCUGCUGCAUUUCCACGUUCUGUGCGGUUACAAGAAAGCAGACCUGGAUGCUCAAUGGGAUGAUGUACAAAUGUUUGUUGACAUGCUAAAAAGGAUGCUACAGCUUGAUGCAGCUAAUAGGAUAGCACCUCAUCAGCUGAUAAUCCAUCACUUCAUCAGUAUGGACUACAUUAUAGACCUGUACCCAAAAAGCCAUUACGUCAGGUCGUGCAUUCAAAUGAUGCUUAUCUUCUGGAAAAGGAACGGUGAAAACACUCUGAGAGAGCCAAGGCAGCAGGGGUGUUUGAGUCACUUUGACCAGCAGAGAGUGAAAGAAAGGAGAGUUCAUGUUGACCACUAUAUCGCCACUGACAAGAGCGCUUACCAUGACAGGAAGCUGCUCAGAUGCAUCUGCACCAGCAACCAUUUCCUCUACAGAACAUGUAACCACAGCCUGGAACUGGAGCUGCACCCCCAGAGGAUGAACAUUGUUGGGUUUAUAAAACUGAUACCAACAAUACUUAUUAGCUCUGAUACUUAUCGAUACUGUUACUGAUACUUUUUCUUAAUGAGGCUGACAUUUUUUAAAUAAAAUAAUUCUCAUAAAGCGAGUCCAGGUACCGACUGACCUUUAAUGCAUUUUUCAAUGUUGCUGUAACUCACUAGUACAAGAAGACAGUUGUAUGAUGUCCUCUGUCUACCUGAAGGGACGAAUGACACGGUGAAACAAAGCGUUCAGAAAAGUUAAGAACUGACGCAACAUCAACAUGUUGAGUCUUGUGUUAUUUCCUGAGGACAUCGGUGUCUUUAGUCUGUGGUUGUCUGUCCCAGAAAUCAGUAUAACUCAGGAGUCCGUUUGGACUGAACAGAAAUAAAUGGUAUGAAUACAGUGGGAUACAUGUACGUUUUAAAAGGUCCCCAUUGUAAAUACCUGUACAAAUAAAAGAAGAUUGUGAAGG